AUGGUUUGGAAGACGUGGCUGAGUGUCUCGGUGGUGGGAGGACUACGCAGUACACCCACUUUCAGGCAGCUAGCCACGCCCGUCUUGACAGAGUCUGAAUGCAACCUGGCGAAGUCGAACAAGCCCAAUCUGCUGUACUACAAGGGCAUGCCGCUGGCUGGCUUCCUACCGCGAGAGUGCAUCGAAUCGGCCUGCAAGUACAAACCCACCAAGGACGAUCUGUACAUCGUCACGUACGUCAAGUGCGGCACCACGUGGACCCAGCACGUGGUCUACCUGAUCCAGACGGGAGGCGUGCCGCCGUCGAACGCGGAGGAAUUCUACCGGGCCAGUCCGUACAUCGAGGCCUUCGGAGCCGAGUGCGUGCAGUGGAUGAAGAAACCCGGCGCGCUUAAGACCCACUUGCGCAUCCAGCUGCUGGAGUACAGCCCUGAGGCCAAAUACCUCGUGGUCGCCCGCAACCCGCGUGACGUCGUUGUCUCUCUGCAAUACCACUGGCACGCGUUUGUCGGGUACCAUUACAACGGGACCUUUGACGACGCCUUUGAGCACUUCAUGAACGACGAGAUCGACUGCGGCAACUUCUUAACUUUCUACAAAGACUGGUACGCACGAAGCCGGGAUCCCAACGUGCUUUUCGUCGUUUACGAAGAUCUGAAGCGCGACCCCCAAGAAACGAUUCUCAGAAUUGCUCGCUUUAUGAGCACUGAGUACGAAGCUAAUCUCCUCAAGGACGACCGCAAAAGGCUCCAUGACGUCGUGAAAUACAGCAGCGUGGACGAAAUGAAAAAGUACACCAACGGUAUUAUCCAAGAUUUCUUUCGCGGCAGCUUCAAAUUACAAGGCCCGGAGUACGAGGGAUUUCGGCAAUUUCAUCGAGGCAUUCAUUCCGCUGGCGUGGAGGCGGUAAACAACGUCAAAUAUGUCCGGAAGGGAAUUGUGGGAGACUGGAAGAACCAUUUCUCUCAAGAACAGCUCAAACGUCUGAACGAGAAGUUCCAGAGAGAAACCGAAGGCAGCGACAUCGCUAACCUGUGGCCGGACAUGAACUUCCUUGAGUGAGACAAAUUGUAGCAGCCUAUUUCACGAGGCGUUGGCUACAUAGUUUAGUGAGAACGUUCGGUGGGGCCGUAAAUUGUGGUUAGCUAACCCACAUUACUGCACUAUAGAGUCUAGAUUAAGCAAGUAUUCAUUCUGUGGUAGUUUUUCUAGAUUGUAUUCGGGUGUGUCAAAAGCGGUGAAAUUGUCGAAAUUUUAUUCUGGACUUGAUUUAUUCUGGGGCAAUUGACAUAUACAGAAACGUGUGUUUGUAAU